AAAUUCUUGUUUAUUCUUAUCGUUUGGAGCUGUUUAUGUUGGAGCAUUUUUAAGCAGAGAGCAGCUCCCCAUUUGGUUUAUGCGCUCAUUUGUCUACUCGAUUUCGCUAAAAGUUGUUUGCGCUGUUUGUGAUUGUGUGGUCAAUUUUGUCUCUGAUCGUCUUAAAGGGAGAUUGUUGCUUCUUGGCAAUCAGACGUAAAGACGUCCCCGAAAGUGUUGGUUGUGCCGCAAAAGUAUAUUUUAUUUCGCUGUUCCAAAAUACAUAAAAUUCAUUAAGUGUGCACUGUAAAUAUAUAGCAAACCCGAAUGUGUUUCAAAGUGUGAAAAGUAAUUGGAAAAAUAGUGAUAAAUUUUACACAAACAUGCAGUUAUUUAACCAAGCGACGUUUAACUAUACGCUACUCUUGUUGCUUAGCCUCUGGUCCUGUUGCAUUUGGGCGUCAACAAAUGCAGCGACAACGGAUGCGAGCAGCGAUGCAGCAGCGGAGGAAGGAGCAAAACACAUAAAAGUAUUUACCGUCGCGACAGAACGCACUGAUGGAUACUUGCGGUACUUGCGUUCAGCAAAGCGUGUCUAUGACAUUGAGGUGAAUACGCUUGGCAUGGAUGAGGAGUGGAAAGGUGGUGAUAUGAAUGGUUUGGGUGGCGGCUAUAAAAUACGCUUGCUACGCGAGGCUAUCGAGCCUUUCAAAGAUGAGAAAAACACAAUUAUUUUGUUCACGGACAGCUACGAUGUCGUCUUCACCACUGGCCUUAAGGAUAUUUAUCGGAAAUUCAAAGAAUUCGGCGCUAGAGUGCUCUUCUCUGCAGAGAAAUUCUGUUGGCCUGAUGUAAAAUUGGCCAAGUCAUAUCCACCAGUAUCGGAGGCCAACUCAUCGCCAUACCUGAACUCGGGUGCUUUUAUUGGCUACGCACCGGAGAUUUAUAGUAUUUUGAGCGCUGAGGAAAUCAAAGACGACGAUGAUGAUCAACGUUACUAUACGAAAAUCUUCCUUGAUGUAGAUAAACGCAAGAAAUUGAGCAUACAAUUGGAUACGCAAUCGCGUUUGUUCCAGAAUUUGAAUGGCGCACGUGAAGAUGUCAAGCUGAAUGUGGACUUGGAUUCGAAUGAGGGCAAAUUGCAGAAUAUUAACUUCAUGACCGAACCGAGUAUUAUACACGGCAAUGGACCGAGUAAAGUCGAGUUAAAUGCAUUUGCAAAUUAUUUGGCGAAAACCUUCCAUGGUGAAUGUUUGAUAUGUCAGGAAGAUCGUUUGGAGCUGCAAGAAAAGAAUCUGCCCAUAGUGUCCGUAGCGCUCAUUAUAACAGAAACAGUGCCUUUCUUCGAUAUGUUCCUGCAGAAAAUCGAGAAUCUUAACUAUCCCAAGCAAAAUUUGCAUCUAUACAUUUACAGUAAUCAAAAAUUCCAUGAUGAUAUGGCGCAAGCUUUUCUGAAACGCGUAGAAAAAGAGUACCGCAGCGCGAAAAUCGUGCUUUCCAGCGAUGAGCUGAAUGAGCAACGUGGUCGUGAAUUGGCGCUCCAACAGGCCAAACAAAAGCAGAGCGACUAUAUUUUCUACGUGGACGCCGCUGUGCAAAUAGACGACCCGCAAUUGCUGCGCGAGCUGUUAAUCAUGAAUAGACAAUUCGUUGCGCCUGUGGUGAGCAAAUACGAUGAAUUAUGGAGCAAUUUCUGGGGUGCACUUUCCGAUGGCGGAUACUAUGCGCGCUCACACGACUAUGUGGACAUUGUGAAGGCCUCAUUUACCGGCAUGUGGAAUGUCCCGUAUGUGUCCAGUGUUUAUCUGAUCAAGAGCAGCGCAUUCAAACAUAUCUCGUAUCAGCAUCGCGAUUAUGACCCCGAUAUGGCAAUGUGCGAGUCACUACGCAGAGCUGGUGUUUUCAUGUACGUCACCAACCAGCAUAUCUUUGGCCAUUUGGUAAACGCCGAUAACUUCGACACCACUGUCGCCCGUCCUGACUUUUACACGAUAUUCAGCAAUAAAUACGAUUGGGUUAGAAAGUAUAUACAUCCAAAUUAUUUUAAACAUUUGGAACCGAAUACAACCAUUGAACAACCCUGUCCCGAUGUUUUCUGGUUUCAAGUCGGUACCGAUGCUUUUUGCGAUGAUAUGGUGGCGAUUAUGGAAAACUUCGGCAAAUGGUCGGAUGGCAGCAAUAAGGAUGCUCGUUUAGAGGGUGGCUACGAAGCGGUGCCCACACGUGACAUACACAUGAAACAGGUGGGAUUGGAUGGUGUGUGGCUGAAGUUCCUGGAUUACAUUGUGCGUCCGCUGCAGGAGAAAGUUUUCAUGGGCUACUAUCAUAAUCCGCCACGCUCGCUCAUGAAUUUCGUUGUGCGCUAUCGCCCAGAUGAACAACCGUCACUGCGUCCACACCAUGACUCCUCCACAUACACGAUUAAUAUCGCGUUGAAUAGCGUGGAUGUGGAUUACGAGGGCGGUGGCUGCCGUUUCCUACGCUACAACUGUCAAGUGGAUAAGACGCGCAAAGGAUGGAUGUUUAUGCAUCCAGGUCGUUUGACGCACUACCACGAAGGCUUACCGGUGACAAAUGGCACGCGUUACAUAAUGAUUUCGUUUGUUGAUCCAUAAAUGCGGCAUUUUGCUGUCUAAAUCAGCGCCCCAGUCGUUUAGAAUUUAAGCAAAAACUGCCAUUGGCCUGUCCAAAGAUUACCUUUAGUUGUUUUGUAGUUGCUUUCCUUAUGAAAACAUUUAUGUGAAUGAGCAUAGUAUGUGACAACUCGUAAAGCUUUCUUAGUUAUCGUAUCGAAUCGUAAGAGUCUACUUAAUUCUAUAUUACCGCAAAGUCGAAGAAUAAUAAUAAUAUACAUUUACAAUUACUUAUAUACACACUAAUACAUAUGCAUAUUUUCCCCGAACAAAUGUGAAAAUCUAGUUGCAUGCAUAUCGUGCGUAAUUUGCUGAAUACUCGUCAUUAUCAAUGAAUUUACUAUAUUUUACAAUACUAACUAACAAGUGAAGCUGCAUUUAACCAAACAAUCGCAAUGAAUUGAAACAGUCAAAAUGUACUCGAAUUGACAAUUUUUUACAACAUUUUAUAUUUACCUUAACAAUUAGCUGAUGUAUGUGUUUGCUAAAAGUGAUUGAUUUAUAAGCAAUGAACAAAUAAACAUUUUAUGUAAAAUAGUAAUAUAAA